AUGGAUCCCUGGGUUCAGGGGUUCUCAAGGAAGAACUUUGGCUUUAUUGACAAUCAAACUGUCUGCUACCCUUGUGGCAAUUACAUUCUCUUCCUGGACAUUGAAACCAAGAAGACGACAGCACUGCAGUGUCCGGCUGGCCAGGUGGGAGCCUUUGCAGCGAGUGGGAGCGGUCAAGUGCUGGCCUUUUCAGACCGGAAGCUGAAUCCCAUCAUAUAUGUCUACACUUUUCCGGGACUGAGUAAACUGGCAGAAUUAAAAGGUAAUGCUCAGCUGGACUACACCUUACUUGAGUUUAGUUUCACAGGCCCAUAUCUAGCCAGUUACUCUUCAAUCCCAGAAUUUGUUCUUUCAGUAUGGAACUGGCAAGAAAAUAUCCUCCUGUGCAGUGAGUCUCAGCCAGGGGUAGCAGUGACCUCUCUAAGUUUUAACCCUAUGAAUUGGCAACAACUGUGUUGUGUUAAUGAGAGCUCUGUUACUAUCUGGCGUAUUGAAAGGAAUAAUGACGAGUAUCACCUUAAGCAAAACCCUGUGAAACUCCCUGAUGGACAAGGGUCCGUGAGUCCUCAUGAGGAUUUGUUUUUCCCAGUUUCUCGUAAUGAAGAUCCAUACCAUGGCCCUGAUUUGCCAGUUUCAGCCAUUGCUGGACUGGUAGGAGAUGAAGCAGAAACAUUCAAGCCUAGAAAUUAUAGUAAGCCUUCAGUGCAUCCUACUGCCCACUGCUGGACUGCAACCUCAGAAAUUUACCUGGGCUGUAAAGAAGGAUAUGUUUUGGCAAUCGAUGUUGAGACACGCAGUGUUUCUGUUCUUCAGCAAAAACCUCUACCUGGGAUGGAAGGUGUCCGUCCUUCUGUGCACAUGAAGUUUACUGGUCAAGUCAGAUCUAAGAGGAGUAAUGGAAUAUGCUUCUUGCUAGCACUAGAGCUGGAAUACAUGCGUAAAAUAUCGGACGUGGUGUCGUAUGUUCGUAGAGAAGUACAGAAAAACAAAGGUGGCAAACCAAAGGAUCUGCAAAAACCAGUUUUAUUUGCCAUGGCAUUUUGUAACGAGGGACUCUAUGCAGCUGGACGUGAGGGCAUUUUAUUCUUUUAUCACAUCAAAGAUCUGCAGUAUGAGAUGAAAAUCUGUGCUGAUAUCUUACAACCAAUAUCCAGCCUCAUGUUCUCUCCUGAUUACACCAUACUUCUGCUUGUCACUGGCCAGGGGACAGUCUAUACUUACAAACCUGCUCACUGUGGAGAAGCUGUCAAACUCCUGGACGCACGCAGCAGUUUUUUUCUGGCAGCUGAUUUUCUUAGUCCAGGGAACAAAUACUGUGUGUCUGUAACAAUUGCAGGUGAAGUACAAGUUUGGUUCCUGGAAGAUGGAACUUGCAUCAGCAAGCUAAACCUUGAUAUUGAGGCAACUGCUAUGGCUUGCUGUCCCUCCUCCAACAGUGUUGCUGUAGGGACUAAAAAAGGUCAAAUCUAUUUCCUUGAUGUUACCAAAGUUGAAGCUCCACGAAUUGUUCACAGAAUUUUUCUUUCCAAAUUUCCAGUGGUGUCUUUGCAUUAUGAUCAGAGUGGCCAGUUCCUCAUCGCUAGAGCUACAGAAGGACAUAUCUUUAUUCUAGAUGCCCGACCUUCAAAAUUAUUCGAAGUUCUAGGAUAUGUAGUUUUGGCAGAUGAAGUGCUGGGUCUUUCUCUAGUUUCUGACUUCAAGAACGACUUAGUUGAAGUGGUAGUACUUCUUAAUAUAGCAGAGGUCCAGCGAGCAAGACUGGAAAUUUUUUGUCUAUCUUCAGCACUCACAACAGAUAAUGAUAAGUAUGUUAAUGAACAAGGAAUGCUUAAUACUAGUGCCAUUAAAAAGGAGCAAUAUGAUCUGGAUUACCCUUUGAGCUCAGCAGUCAGACUGAAGGAUAACAUUGUGUAUGGCUACUGUACCUGUGCACCUUUCAUCUGUAAAUACCAUCUCUCUGAAAAGAAUAUGUUGGAAGAUCCAUCAGUAUUUUUAUCAGGGAAGAAGACUCCUAGCAGUCAGUUUGGAUCAGGGUUCCUCUGUUUAUCACCCAACAGCCGGUGGCUGGCAUCAGCAGCAAAGGAUGGUGUUUUGUUCAUCUAUCAUACAUUUGCUAUGGAUUUACUUGCUCAAAAGCAUUGUCACUCAUAUCAAGGAGGGGGAAUCAGAUCCAUGGUAUUUUCUCUAGAUGGAAAAUUCAUCCUCGUUAAUGGCGAAAAUGAUGGUGCCCUAGUGUGUCUGAAAUGGAAGAAGAUAAAUGAAAUUGAGGUUAAGGAAGCUGCUUUUCACUGGCAAUCUCUUUUUGCUAUACUGAACAAGUCUACUUCGAGUGAAAAUGCUGUUUUAAAAUCUAUGGCAGAAUGGCAGUUUGACCCAGCAUCCACAUUGGAAUCACUUCCAGAAGAGAAAUUUGAGGAGGCACCACUUAAAUCUUCCAAUGUAGAGGUGACAGAAGAAGAUGGAAACAUCACCAGUUCGUGUUCAGCCAGUACCAAUGAAAUGACGUGGAUAGGUCAGAAGAUGAAGAAGGUCAUUAGAGAAGAGACUCAGAGGUUUGCUAACCAGAAGAGCGAGCUGCAGAUGGGAAUUAAAAAGCUGCGCAAAACUAUUCAGAAAAUGAUGCAUGAAAAUGAACAGGUGCCAGACAUUGAGAAACUGGAGCAGCAGGAGUUCAACCUGGAUAUAGAAGAACAGGAAAGAGCGCAAGCAGCGGCUGAACAAGAAGUGGCCAGGGUGAGGAAGGAGAUUGAGAUGGAGAAUUUAGCCAACCGCUAUUUGCGGGAUGUCAUCAAACAUGAGUGCUGGGAUGCUAUGUGUGUAAAAGGACGUGCAAUUAAGUGCUUCCAUAUGGCUUGUGAAGUGACGAAUUAUCCGCUGAAGGAACGUAGUGAAGAAGAGCUGGCAACUUUGGAGAAAGUUCUGCAGUUAAAGAAGAUUGAGACAGCUGAUCUUAAGGUUCAGAAGAGAAAUUUUGAGAUUGAGUCUGAGACUGUAUUAUCUAAGGAAGAAGGAGAGAAGGCAGAAGAAAUAAUGGCUGAUGAUAGUGCAUCUUUCUGCCUGACUGGAAGUCUGAGCUCUCAGUAUGGUGGAAACACGUCUAUCCUAUACCACCAAUGGGACUUGCACACCAGGGAGCAGAAAGUCAAUCAGAUAGUAUUAUUGAAGGACAUCAUUUACAAAGUGAAAACUGCUUUUAAUAAGGAAUUUGACAUAGUUGCACAACAAAAGGAGCAGGAGAUAGCACAAGUGAAAGAAAGAAACCUGAGGAUCCGAGAAAUCUUGGCACAACUUGACCUCCAACUAGAUGUAUGGGAGCCAGCUCUUACAGAUGAUGAGAUACCGGAGCAAACGCUCACUGUUCAGGAUUCAGAGAUUAAAGCUGAAAAAUACUUGACUCAACAAGAGAGAGAGAAAGCAGAAAUGAUGGUGAAGCUUGAAAUGGAAAGACGCCUUGCUGCUACGGUACUUAAAGACAAUGAAAGACUGCGUGCUCUUAAUGACAUGAUGGGUGGGGUGCUAGAAGUCAGAAAGGAAGACAUCUUGAAAAUGGAUAUUCCUCCACCUCCUUUUAUAUCCAAGCCUGAGCAUGUCUGGAAUGAUGAAGAAAAGAAAAUAUUUAGAGAACAUGAGAAAAAAGUCAAGGAGCUGAAUGAAGAAAAAGAAAAGUAUAGAAGGGCACUGGAAAAUGAAUUAAAGAAACUUGAAACUUCCAUUCAGGAAACAACACAAAAAUUUGAUGAGACUGUGUGCGAAGAACUCAAAAUAGUCAAUCUUCUUUAUGCUUUACUGUUGGAUGAAGAGUUGGACACUAGAGGAGCUGGACUUCAUAAUUUCCUUAUGAAAAAAGAGAAAGAAAAAGUCAAGACUGCAAGAACAAUCCAGAUAACAAAAAAUAAAAUUGAAGCUUACAUAGACACCUGUGAAAAUGCAAUAGCUGAAGAGAAGAAUCUGGAAUGUGGUUUUACAAAGGAGUUUGCUGACGUACCUGCCAAUCUCCUUGAUGAACUUUUCCAACUUUACAAACAUCGACCAAAGACCCCAACGACAGAAUUUCUCCGUGACACCACUAACCCCUAUGGGGAUUGUUCAAGCUCAGAUGAAGAUUACAAAAAUACACUUACCCUUUUAAUGAAAGCCAUGGAUGAACUGGAUAGUCCUGAGCACAUGCCUAAUGGUUUAGACCCAUCUAUAUGGGAACACUUUUGUCUAGCUAGACGAAAUAAAAUGGAGAGUGAGGAGCUGGUGAAAUGGAAAGCCCUAACACUGGCAGAGAUGCAGGCCUUUCUCCAGAGAAGAAUAGAUGACAAUGAGAGGAUUAAGUCAGAAAUAGAAGACAUUUUCCAAGAACUCACUUGGCUACAGGAGGGAAAGACGAAACUUCAGUUGAAUUUGACUGUCCAGUUUUUGCUAAAACAAGGACAAGUGGAAUUAGAAAGUACUGAGAUCCCAGACUACACUGAUGCCAUUCUAAUUAAGAAGAAUGUUAUUGAAGAACUGAAUUGCUCUAUCAUGGCUCAGGGAGAAAAAAAAAUUGCUAGCAUGGUGGAAUGUAAAGAAUUCUCUAAAGGGAUACUUCAGCUGGAAUGGGAACACAAGAAGAUGAGAAUGCAGAUAGAAGAUCUGAAACAGAAGGCUCGGGAUAUUGUAACAUUACCUAUUUCAAAAGAUCGUCAGCUAUUCCUAACUGUGCUGAACUACGAUAGCCGCGUCACCCACCGCAUUUCAGUGAUGGAGCAGACUCUUAGCAUCAUGGAUAAGCUGCACAAGAAGAACGUGAAGAACUGUCGGAAAAGAAUUAAAGAGCUGGAGAAGUGCAUCAGCUUAAAAGAGCAAGCAAACUACGAGCUCUGCCUGGAGCUGAAAGAAAUGCUUGUCUGCAUUUCAGAGAGGAGGCAUAUCUUUGAGGGAGCUGACACACAGCGUGUUUCUGAAAAGAUUGCAAAGCAGCGUUACCGAGAGAUUUUGAAGCAGAAACACCUACGGGGUCUUGUCAAGGAACAGGAAGAGUUUGAAAUUCUUCAGGCACAAGUUGAAAGACUGAGAUUAAGAACAUUCCCUCUUCUUUAA